AUGGAGAUAGCACUCCUCCUCAACACCUCCAUACUCCUCACACUGACAAUUAUCCUCACCCCCACUCUACUCCCACUACUAUCAAAAAACUUCCAAAACUCCCCAACCACCAUCACCCGCACUGUCAAAACCGCCUUCAUAGCAAGCCUAGUGCCAAUAACACUCUUCGUAUACUCAGGCACAGAUAGCAUUAUCUCCCACUGAGAAUGAAAGUUCCUCACGAACUUUAAAAUCCCUAUUAGCUUUAAAAUAGACCAAUACUCCAUAACAUUCUUCCCCAUUGCACUAUUCGUAACAUGGUCAAUCCUACAAUUCGCAACCUGAUACAUAAGCUCCGAACCGCACGCCACAAAAUUCUUCCUCUACCUCCUAAUAUUCCUAAUCGCCAUACUAACACUAACCACCGCCAACAACAUAUUCCUACUAUUCAUCGGAUGAGAAGGCGUUGGGAUCAUAUCAUUCCUGCUAAUUGGCUGAUGACAAGGCCGAGCAGAAGCCAACACAGCUGCACUCCAAGCUGUACUUUACAACCGUAUCGGAGACAUCGGGCUCAUCCUAAGCAUAGCAUGGCUUGCCUCAACAACAAACACCUGAGAAAUACAACAAGCCUUCUCCUCAGCCCAAACCCCAACACUCCCCCUACUAGGCCUCAUCCUCGCCGCUACAGGAAAAUCAGCCCAAUUCGGACUACACCCAUGACUCCCAGCUGCCAUAGAAGGCCCAACCCCAGUCUCAGCCCUACUCCACUCCAGCACCAUAGUAGUAGCUGGAAUUUUCCUGCUUAUCCGUAUACAUCCCAUACUCACAAACAAUCAGACCGCCCUCACCCUGUGCCUAUGCUUAGGGGCCCUAUCCACCCUAUUCGCCGCCACAUGUGCUCUCACACAAAACGACAUCAAAAAAAUCAUUGCCUUCUCUACAUCCAGCCAACUCGGACUAAUAAUAGUAACAAUCGGGCUAAACCUCCCACAACUAGCCUUCCUUCAUAUUUCAACCCAUGCCUUCUUUAAAGCCAUACUAUUCCUCUGCUCAGGAUCAAUUAUCCACAGCUUAGGCGGAGAACAAGACAUCCGAAAAAUAGGCAGCUUACAAAAAAUACUCCCAACAACUACAUCCUGCCUAACCAUUGGCAACCUUGCCCUGAUAGGAACCCCAUUCCUAGCAGGAUUUUACUCAAAAGAUCUUAUCAUCGAAAACCUAAACACCUCCUACCUAAACACCUGGGCACUCCUCCUAACACUCCUUGCAACAUCCUUCACCGCAACCUACAGCCUACGCAUAACCUUCCUCGUCCAAACAGGAUUUACCCGCGUACCCACAAUUACACCAGUAAACGAAAACAACCCCGCAGUUACCAACCCAAUCACUCGCCUUGCCCUAGGCAGCAUCCUAGCCGGCCUACUCAUCACAUCCUACAUCCUCCCCACAAAAACCCCACCAAUAACCAUACCCACACUCACAAAAACCACAGCCAUCAUCAUCACAAUCUUAGGUGCCAUCAUAGCCAUAGAACUUUCUAGCCUAACCCACACUUUAACCCAACCAAAACAAAACACAUACCUAAACUUCUCCACCUCCCUAGGGUACUUCAACCCCCUUAUGCACCGCCUUAACACCGCAAAGCUCUUAAACAGCGGACAAAAAAUUGCCUCCCACCUAAUCGACCUAUCCUGGUACAAAAAAAUAGGCCCCGAAGGACUUGCAAACCUACAACUUAUAGCCUCCAAAACCUCAACCACUAUCCACACAGGACUAAUCAAAACCUACUUAGGAUCCUUCGCCCUAUCCAUCCUCAUCAUUCUAUCGACGUAUAGA